UUAAUUAUUCUGAGAGAGCAGACAUACUUCAUUUAGUUUUUCAGGCCAUGACCCCCAAAAUAGGCAGAUAAUUUUUAACCAUCUUUGCCAGAGUCUUCAAAAGAUGUACAGAUGUACAAUACAGUUGAGGAGUAGGCCAAAGUCAGCAAUUCUCCUGGCCAGGAGGGUUUUAUCCUGUUGAUAUUCUGUUUUUAUUGUCUACAGAUUCUGAACUUUCCUGCUUCCCUGUCUUCCUUCCUGGACCAUCGUUGGCACUUAUUCCAGUCACUGUGGUCUCCUACCUUAUAGCUGCCCCUGAAAUCUGGGAAUAUGCUGAUAAGGAAAGUAUUUACUCCUAGUACUACCUGAAUACCUAUUUUUGACCCAGAUCUCAAGACCUGAACCCUGUGUGUGACCUCAUUAUUCUACUUUGUGAUCCUUAGUUUUGUGUCUGUGGUGCAUUUGUUUUCCGAUACUGUACUAAUGCCUGAUUUUCUGGAGAGGGUCUUAUGGACUCUCAUGACUCCCAAAUCACACCCUAGGACCAGAUUAUGACACCAGGGUUAAGUUUAAUGAUAAAGUACCUGUAGCCUAAGGGUCCCUUGCUGUUGAUUUCACUGUUCAGUUUGGUGCUAUUGUCAUUAAAUCCUUUGUCUUUGGUGUCCUAAGCAUGUGGAAGAAAAAUAUCACUCAUAUUAGUGAGUUGAUCCUGGUGGGCUUCCCAACUUCCCCUUGGCUGCAGGUCCUACUUUUCCUCCUCUUUCUCAUCACCUACUUGUUUGUGCUGUUGGAAAACUUGGUCAUAAUCCUCACUGUAUGGGUCACUGGGUCCCUGCACAAGCCCAUGUACUAUUUUCUGGGGACCAUGUCCUUUCUGGAGACCUGGUAUAUAUCUGUCACAGUCCCCAAGAUGCUGACUGGGUUUCUACUUCGUCCCAAUACCAUCUCUUUCCUGGGAUGUAUGACUCAGCUCUAUUUCUUCAUCUCACUUGCCUGUACUGAAUGUGUGCUAUUGGCUGCCAUGGCCUAUGACCGUUAUGUGGCUAUAUGUUUGCCUCUUCGCUAUCCAGUCAUCAUGACCACAGGAUUUUGUAUUCAGCUGACCAUCAGUUCCUGGGUGAGUGGCUUCACCAUCUCCAUGGCAAAAGUAUACUUUAUCUCCCAAGUUGCCUUCUGUGGCAAUAAUAUCUUGAACCAUUUUUUCUGUGAUGUGUCCCCUAUCCUCAAACUGGCCUGCACGGACUUUUCCAUGGCUGAGUUGGUGGACUUUGCACUAGCCAUCAUCAUCCUUGUGUUUCCUCUCUCAGCCACUGUCCUCUCCUACGUCUUCAUUGUCUCUACCAUCCUCCACAUUCCCUCAGCCACUGGGCAGUGGAAGGCCUUCUCUACCUGUGCCUCUCAUCUUACCGUGGUGGUCAUCUUCUACACAGCUGUGAUCUUCAUGUAUGUCCGACCUCGGGCUAUUACUUCAUUUAAUUCUAACAAAUUGAUCUCAGUCAUAUAUGCAGUCUUUACUCCCAUGCUCAAUCCUAUCAUCUACUGCCUGAGGAACAAGGAUGUCAAAGAUGCCAUCAGAAAAACCAUGGCAAGUGGCCGAUCCCUUUUCUUGAGAGAUUCUCUUUGCUGAAGACAUCCAGAUAUUCCUUCUCUUUUCGUCAUUUGACUUAACCUCAAAAAACACCUUCAUUAGGUGAAAGUCUGCAAUUGUAAACAAACUGACAUAGUACAAUAAUUUAGAGAUAAGGGGCCAGAUGUAAAAGAAAAUCUCCUUUCCUUCAUUAAAUGUUUCCUUUUUAGGCAGUGAGUGAAAUAAUCAGAACUCUAUGAGACAUAUAUUGCUAAAAGAGUUAUAAAAUAAUUUUAUUUUUUUGGAAGAUAUUAAAAAAUAAUCAGUUAUC